CAACUCGCUAUCGUUUUUAAGUUAUAACUUUUCAAAGUUGACAGGAUUUUUUGGAGUAUGAUGUUAAUUUGGUUGCAAGUGGCAGGGUUAAUGUUACGCCAUUUUGACAGACUUUCGUUUAUUUUUACAACUUGUGGAACAGAAACACAAAGUAUAUUGUUUGUUUUAAAAUGUUGUUCUUUUAUAACAGUAUAAACGUAGAAGCUGAGGCAAAGCAGGAAUUGAAAAGACAUCGUAGGAAUCUUCGAUAUAAUACCGAUCCUCUUGCUUUAACGGAUACAGCGUACGUAAAUAAAUUGAUAACUGUUUUGCUAACGUUAUCAUCUGAUUGUCGUUAUCUUCGUUGGCAAUUACAUUACAGAUUUGUUAACAACUUUAGGAUAUCGAAAUCUAUUUUCAUGGAUUUGCUUGAUGGUAUUGAUUCUUCGGUAGACUCUCGCAGAGCGCAUGGAAUAUCAAAAAAAGAGAAGUUGACGGCAUGUAUAAUAUUCUUCGCAUCUGGGAGAUAUCAGCAUGGCGUAGGAAAAGAUUUCCAUGUCGCAAUGGCUCCGACAACUUUUAGUAAAGUUUUGAGAGGAACUUUACGACCACUCCACUCAUUAGUUGGGGAUUGGAUAAAUUUGCGAAUGACUCAAUCAGAGAGACAGGAAGCUAAAGAAUAUUUCUUCUUGAAAAGCGGUAUUGAGAACGUCGUGAUGUGCGUAGAUGGAACGCACGUUAAAAUUAAAAAACCGCAAGAACGUCCGCUUACUUUCCUGAAUAGGAAAUCAUUUUACAGCAUUAACACAUUGAUUGUGUGUGACCAUAAAACACGCAUACGAGCCGUUGAUGCACGAUUUGCUGGAUCACAUCACGAUGCGCAUAUAUGGCGAGUGAGCAUUGUGCGCAAAUAUUUCCAACGAUUGCACAGAAGCGGGCAAAGGGACAAGAUUUUGGGGGAUGCUGGGUAUCCAUCAGAACCGUGGCUAGUAAGACCGCACAGAGACCCAGACGAAGGAUCCGCCGAGGCAGAAUUUAACAAAAAACACUCUUCUGGUCGGAUGAUUGUAGAACAGACAAUAGGCGUUUGGAAAUCCCGGUUUCGAUGUCUCGCUGGGACAGACAGAUCACUAAACUACGAUCCUAAAACAAGUGGUCUAAUUAUUAACACAUGUUGUGCGUUGCAUAACAUCUGUAUUGAAAAUAAUAUAGAGUGGCAACAAAUUUUCACAGAUUUAUUAGAAGAUAUUUGACAUAAAUAAAUGCUAUUUUAUGCGCAAAAAAGUUAAA